GGUGGAGUUUGUACCACCGCCUCUAAAGAACGGGACUAGGGAGGGAGUUGAAAAAUCACUAUCUGACAUUUACCAGCAUUUAGAACACCAUUUCUGCUGGGGAAAGGGAUUUAAUUUCGAUAUUUCACCUUUGAAAGCGGGAAAUCUUCGCUGGAAGAGGAACUAAGAGCCGGGCCAAGAACCCUACAGCGCCAUAACCGACUGGGAGGACAUCUCCCAUUAAGACCAGUUUCUAUCAGGUGUAACGGCGGUGGAAACUGAGAGCGGCAGUCAUGGUGGCCCUGUCACUGAAGAUUGGUGUGGGGAACGUGGUGAAGACCAUGCAGUUUGAGCCCUCCACCAUGGUGUACGACGCCUGUCGAAUGAUCAGGGAAAGAGUUCCCGAGGCACAGCUAGGCCAGCCCAAUGACUAUGGUCUGUUCCUGUCUGAUGAGGACCCCAAGAAAGGCAUCUGGCUGGAGGCAGGCAAGGCCCUGGACUACUACAUGCUGAGGAAUGGGGACACUCUGGAGUACAAGAAGAAGCAGAGGCCCUUGAAGAUCCGCAUGCUGGACGGGACAGUGAAAACCGUCAUGGUGGACGACUCCAAGAUCGUCAGCGACAUGCUUAUGACCAUCUGUGCCAGGAUAGGUAUCACAAACUAUGACGAGUACUCGUUGGUGCACGACAUGGUUGAGGAGAAGAAGGAGGAGAUGACGGGGACUCUGACAAGACGGGACAAGACUCUGAUGAGAGACGACAAGAAGAUGGAGAAACUUAAGCAGAAACUCCACACAGAUGACGAGUUGAACUGGCUGGACCAUGGGCGGACGCUGAGGGAGCAGGGUGUGGAGGAGACCGAGAUGCUGCUCCUCAGGAGGAAGUUCUUCUACUCAGACCAGAAUGUGGACUCACGAGACCCGGUCCAGCUCAACCUGCUCUACGUCCAGGCCCGUGAUGACAUUUUGAACGGCUCCCAUCCCGUCUCCUUCGAGAAGGCCUGCGACUUUGCCGGAUACCAGUGUCAGAUCCAGUUUGGUGACCACAACGAGACCAAGCACAAACCAGGCUUUCUAGAUUUGAAAGAGUUCCUCCCUAAAGAGUACAUCAAGAACAAAGGGGAGAAAAGAAUCUUCCAGGCACACAAAAACUACCAAAACAUGACUGAAAUCGAGGCCAAAGUCAGCUACGUCAAACUGGCUAGGUCUCUGAAAACCUACGGAGUGUCAUUCUUCCUAGUAAAGGAGAAAAUGAAGGGUAAGAACAAGCUGGUCCCUCGUCUUCUGGGAAUCACCAAGGAGUGUGUCAUGCGGGUAGACGAGAAGACCAAGGAGGUGAUCCAGGAGUGGAACCUCACCAACAUCAAACGCUGGGCUGCCUCGCCCAAGAGCUUCACCCUGGACUUUGGCGAUUAUCAAGACGGUUACUACUCUGUCCAGACGACUGAGGGAGAGCAGAUCGCCCAACUGAUCGCUGGUUACAUUGACAUCAUUCUGAAAAAGAAAAAGAGCAAGGACCACUUUGGCUUAGAGGGAGAUGAGGAGUCCACCAUGUUGGAGGAUUCUGUGUCACCCAAAAAGUCUACAGUGCUGCAGCAGCAGUUUAACAAGGUGGGGAAGGUGGAGACUGGCUCUGUGGCCCUGCCAGCCAUCAUGCGUUCAGGGGCCGGGGGCCCCGAGAGCUUCCAGAUGGGCUCCAUGCCUCAGGCCAAGCAGCACAUCACCAGCGGACAGAUGCACAGGGGCCACAUGCCCCCGCUGACAUCAGCCCAGCAGGCCCUGACUGGCACCAUCAACUCCAGCAUGCAGGCGUUGCAGGCUGCCCAGGCCUCGCUGGAGGAGUUUGACACCCUGCCUCCCCUCGGGACAGACGCGGCCUCCCAAGCCUGGCGUAAGAACAAGAUGGACGAGUCCAAACACGAGAUCCACUCCCAGGUUGACGCCAUCACAGCCGGGACGGCCUCUAUGGUCAAUCUCACCGCAGGCGACCCAGCAGAGACAGACUACACGGCGGUGGGCUGUGCCGUGACCACCAUCUCCUCCAACCUAACGGAGAUGUCCAAGGGGGUCAAGCUGCUCGCCGCCCUCAUGGAGGAUGAGGGAGGCAACGGAAACCAGUUGUUGGGGGCUGCCAAGAACCUGGCGUGUGCCGUGUCCGACAUGCUAAAGACCGCCCAGCCAGCCAACACUGAGCCCCGUCAGAACCUUCUGCAGGCUGCAGGAAACGUGGGCCAGGCCAGUGGCGAGCUGCUGUCUCACAUCGGAGAGACGGACGCCGACCCCCGCUUUCAGGACAUGCUUAUGCAGCUGGCUAAAGCCGUGGCUAACGCCGCCGCCGCUCUGGUGCUCAAAGCAAAGAACGUGGCCCAGAAGACAGAGGACUCUGCACUCCAGAACCGCGUCAUCGCCGCGGCGACCCAAUGUGCCCUAUCCACCUCCCAACUGGUGGCUUGUACCCGGGUGGUCGCUCCCACCAUCAGCUCUCCGGUGUGCCAGGAGCAGCUGAUUGAGGCAGGCAAGCUGGUUGCCAAAUCGGUGGAUGGCUGUGUGGAUGCGUCGCAGGGCGCCACCAGCGAUGAGGGGCUCCUCAAGCAGGUGGGCGCCGCCGCCACAGGCGUCACCCAUGCCCUCAACGAGCUCCUGCAGCACAUCAAGCAGUACGCCCACGGAGGCCAGCCCAUAGGGCGCCACGGAGAGGCCACCGACCGCAUCCUGGAUGUCACCGAGAACAUCUUCAGCUCCAUGGGAGAUGCCGGUGAGAUGGUGCGUCAGGCCCGCAUCCUUGCCCAGGCCACCUCGGACCUGGUCAACGCCAUCAAGAUGGACGCAGAGGGCGAGUCGGACCUGGAGAAUUCCCGCAAGCUGCUGUCAGCCGCCAAGCUCCUGGCAGACGCCACGGCCAAAAUGGUGGAGGCUGCUAAGGGCGCAGCCGCCAACCCGGACAGUGAGGAGCAGCAACAGAGACUGAGGGAGGCAGCAGAGGGCCUACGCAUGGCCACCAACGCGGCUGCCCAGAAUGCCAUCAAGAAGAGGCUGGUCAACAAGCUGGAGAACGCAGCCAAGCAGGCCGCCGCGGCCGCCACUCAGACUAUAGCCGCCGCCCAGCACGCCGCCUCGUCCAAUAAGAACCCAGCAGCCCAGCAGCAGCUCGUCCAGAGCUGCAAGGUGGUGGCAGAUCAGAUUCCUCAGCUGGUCCAGGGAGUGCGUGGAAGCCAGUCCCAGCCCGACAGCCCCAGUGCCCAGCUCACCCUCAUCGGGGCCGGCCAGAACUUCCUCCUGCCUGGUGCCAAGAUGGUGACGGCUGCCAAGGCCACAGUACCUACCAUUGGCGACCAGGCCUCUGCCAUGCAACUCAGCCAGUGUGCCAAGAACCUGGCCACUGCCCUUGCCGAGCUCCGCACGGCUGCACAGAAGGCACAGGAAGCAUGUGGUCCUCUGGAGAUCGACAAUGCUCUGACGGUGGUCCGAGGCCUGGAGAAAGACAUGGUGGAGGCCAAGGCUUCAGCUGGCGAUGGCAAACUCAAACCCCUGCCCGGAGAGACGCUGGAGAAGUGCUCUCAGGACGUGGGCAGCAGCACUAAGGCUGUGAGCUCUGCCAUCGCCCAGCUGCUGAGUGAGGCCACCCAGGGCAAUGAGAACUACACAGGUAUGGCAGCCAGAGACGUGGCUCAGGCAUUGCGCGCUCUGGCCUCGGCCGCCCGUGGGGUUGCCGCGACGACCGCCGACCCUCAGGCCCGCAACGCCAUGCUGGACUGUGCUGGUGACGUUAUGGACAAGUCGGCCAAUCUGAUCGAAGAGACCAAGAGAGCCAUUGCCAAGCCGGGAGAUCCUGACAGCCAGCAGAGACUGGCACAGGUGGCCAAGGCUGUAUCCCAGGCCCUGAACAGGAGUGUGAACUGCCUGCCUGGACAGAGAGAUGUGGACAACGCUAUAAGAACAGUCGGAGAGGCCAGUAAGAAACUACUGGCCAAUUCUUUCCCGCCCAGUGGGAAGAGUUUCCAGGAGGCUCAGGUCAACCUGAACCAAGCUGCAGCCGGUCUCAACCAGUCAGCCAAUGAGCUGGUCCAGUCGUCCAGGGGCACCACCCAGGACCUGGCCAAGGCCACUGGCAAGUUCGGCCAUGACUUCGGAGAGUUCCUGGAUGCCGGCGUGGACAUGGCCGGCCAGUCACAGAACAAGGAGAACCAGACGCAGGUGGUGUCCAACCUCAAGACCAUCUCCAUGUCGUCCAGUAAGCUGCUGCUCGCCGCCAAGGUCCUGUCCACCGACCCCAACUCCCCCAACCUCAAGAACCAACUAGCAGCCGCCGCUCGUGCCGUCACUGACAGUAUCAACCAGCUCAUCACCAUGUGUACCCAGCAGGCCCCGGGCCAGAAGGAGUGUGACAAUGCUCUCCGGGAGCUCGAGACUGUUCGGGGACUGCUUGAGAACCCCACCGAGGCGGUCAGUGACCUCUCCUACUUUGACUGCAUCGACAGUGUCAUGGAGAACUCCAAGGUCCUGGGGGAAGCCAUGGCUGGAAUCUCCCACAACGCUAAGAACAGCAAUCUGCCUGAGUUUGGGGACUCUGUCAGCUCUGGCUCUAAAGCCCUGUGUGGCCUUACUGAAGCAGCUGCCCAGGGUGCCUACCUGGUUGGAGUGUCAGACCCUAAAAGCCACGCGGGCCAGAAGGGGUUGGUGGACCCUGGCCAGUUUGCCCGUGCCAACCAGUCCAUCCAGAUGGCAUGCCAGAACCUGGUGGACCCGGCCUGCACCCAGUCCCAGGUCCUCUCUGCCGCCACCAUCGUUGCCAAGCACACGUCGGCGCUGUGCAACGCCUGUCGCCUGGCCUCCUCCAAAACAGCCAACCCUGUUGCCAAGCGACAGUUUGUCCAGUCUGCUAAGGAGGUGGCCAACAGCACAGCCAAUCUGGUCAAGUCCAUCAAAGCUCUGGAUGGAGCGUUUAACCAGCAGAACAGAGAGAAGUGUAGGGUCGCCACAGGGCCCCUGAUAGAAGCUGUGGAUAACCUCACCGCCUUCGCCUCCAACCCAGAAUUCGCCAGCGUGCCCGCUCAGAUCAGCGCUGAGGGCCUGGCAGCGAUGGAGCCCAUCGUGGCUGCAGCUAAGACAAUGCUGGAGAGCUCCACAGGUCUGAUCCAGACCGCUCGCUCCCUGGCCGUCAACCCCAAAGACCCCCCCAAGUGGUCAGUGCUGGCCGGACACUCCAGGACCGUUUCCGACUCCAUCAAGAAACUUAUCACCAACAUGAGAGACAAAGCCCCAGGCCAGAGGGAGUGUGACGAGGCCAUCGAGGUGCUGAACAACUGUAUUCGGGAGGUUGACCAGGCCUCCCUGGCAGCCAUCAGCCAGCAGCUCACCCCAAGAGAGGACAUCUCCCAAGAGGCUCUGCAUGAGCAGCUGGCAGCUUCGGUCCAGGAGAUCAGCAAUCUGAUAGAGCCGGUGGCCAUCGCAGCUCGCUCUGAGGCUUCCCAUCUGGGACACAAGGUGUCUCAGAUGGUGAGCUAUUUCGAGCCCCUCAUCAUGGCAGCCAUCGGCACGGCCAGUAAGAUUCAGAGCAGCCAACAGCAGAUGGCGGUGUUGGACCAGACCAAGACGCUGACAGAGUCAGCCCUGCAGAUGCUCUACACGGCCAAGGAGGCCGGAGGAAACCCCAAGGCGGCCCACACCCAGGAGGCUCUGGAGGAGUCUGUCCAGAUGAUGAAGGAGGCGGUAGACGACUUAGGCGCCACCCUGUCGGAGACGGCCAGCGCUGCGGGCGCCCUGGGCGGCAUGGUGGACUCCAUCACCGCCGCCAUCAACAAGAUGGAGGAGAGCCCUGCCGGCGAGCCCGAUGGCUCCUUUGUGGAUUACCAGACUACCAUGGUGAAGACUGCCAAAGCCAUCGCCGUCACCGUGCAGGAGAUGGUGACUAAGUCCAACACCAACCCAGAUGACUUGGGAGGUCUGGCCAGCGAGCUUACUAAUGAGUUUGGAGAGCUAGCCACCGAGGCCAAAUACGCUGCCAUCACUGCAGAGAACGACGAGAUUGGUUCCCACAUCAAGAAGCAGGUUGGAGAGCUCGGCUUCAACUGUACUGGGCUGGUGACUAAGGCCGGAGCUCUACAGUGUAGUCCCAACGACUCCUUCACCAAGAAGGAGCUGAUCGACAGCGCACGCAAAGUCUCCGAGAAGGUGUCUCAUGUGCUGGCGGCCCUUCAGGCUGGUAACCGUGGCACCCAGGCCUGCAUCACAGCAGCCAGUACCGUGUCGGGCAUCAUCGCCGACCUGGACACCACCAUCAUGUUCGCCACCGCCGGCACCCUCAACCGUGAGAACUCGGAAACCUUCGCCGACCACAGAGAGCACAUCCUAAAGACAGCCAAGGCGCUGGUGGAGGACACCAAGCUGCUGGUCUCUGGUGCCGGGGCCAGCCAGGAGAGACUGGCCCAGGCUGCCCAGUCCUCCGUCAUCACCAUCACCAAACUGGCCGACGUGGUAAAACUGGGCGCCGCCAGCCUGGGCGCCGAGGACCCCGAGACACAGGUGGUCCUGAUCAACGCUGUCAAAGACGUUGCCAAGGCUCUGAGUGACCUCAUCAGCGCUACCAAGGCCGCUGCAGGCAAGCCUCACGACGACCCUGCCAUGCUGCAGCUGAAGAACUCUGCCAAGGUGAUGGUGACCAACGUGACGUCACUCCUGAAGACAGUGAAGGCAGUGGAGGACGAGGCCACCAAGGGCACACGGGGACUGGAGGCCACCAUUGAACACAUCAAACAGGAACUGGCUGUGUUCAGCAAUGGUGAUCCUCCCCCCAAGACGUCCACUCCAGAGGAUUUCAUCCGCAUGACCAAAGGCAUCACCCAGGCAACAGCCAAAGCAGUGGCUGCUGGGAACUCGUGUCGCCAGGAGGACGUAAUCGCUACGGCCAACCUGAGCAGGAGGGCCAUCGCCGACAUGCUGCACUCGUGCAAGCAAGCCGCCUACCACCCAGAGGUCAGCAAGGAAGUUCAGAACCGGGCCCUGCGCUAUGGCAACGAGUGUGCCUUGGGCUACCUGGGUCUGCUGGAGCAUGUGCUAGUGCCGAUCAUCCAGAAGCCCAGCCACGAGCUCAAGCUGCAGUUGGCGAACUACUCCAAGCGCGUGGCAGGCUCCGUCACCGAGCUCAUCCAGGCCGCCGAGGCCAUGAAGGGAACGGAAUGGGUGGACCCCGAGGACCCCACGGUCAUUGCUGAGAACGAGCUUCUGGGAGCUGCUGCUGCCAUUGAAGCAGCCGCCAGGAAACUGGAGCUGCUGAGGCCCCGCACCAAACCCAAGGAAGCAGACGAGAGCCUGAACUUCGAGGAGCAGAUCCUGGAGGCGGCCAAAUCGAUCGCAGCCGCCACCAGUGCUCUGGUCAAAGCUGCCUCAGCCGCCCAGAGGGAACUGGUGGCCCAAGGGAAGGUCGGUGCCUGCCCAGCCAAUGCUGUGGAUGAUGGACAGUGGUCUCAAGGUCUCAUUUCAGCCGCCCGAAUGGUUGCUGCGGCGACCAGCAACCUGUGCGAGGCGGCCAACUCGGCGGUGCAGGGCCACGCCAGCGAGGAGAAGCUCGUCAGCUCGGCCAAGCAGGUGUCUGCCUCCACUGCCCAGCUCCUGGUGGCCUGCAAGGUCAAGGCUGACCAGGACUCCCAGACCAUGAAGAGGCUACAGGCUGCCGGAAAUGCUGUUAAGAGGGCCUCCGAUAGCCUGGUGAAGGCGGCACAGAAAGCAGCCUUUGACGCCCAAGACGAGCAGGCCGUGGUUGUUAAGAGCAAGAUGGUGGGCGGCAUUGCUCAGAUCAUUGCUGCCCAGGAGGAAAUGCUGAGGAAGGAGAGGGAGUUGGACGAGGCCAGAAAGAAGCUGGCCACCAUCCGACAGCAGCAGUACAAGUUCCUGCCCUCUGAGCUCAGGGAGGACGGGCAGGAGCAGUGAUGAAACGUGUACACACACACACAUAUAUGCAUAUACAGCGAAGACAAAUCCGAUGUUCAGGGGCUACAUCCCCAGGCUAUAUUAGAGAAAAGAGAAAAACGAAGAGGUAUUAUGCUUGAAGAGGAGCAAUAUUAGGGUGAGAUAAUUAAAGGGGUAAGAAGAGAAAGCUGUAUUAGGAUGUUUAUUUUAAGUGGGUUUUUUUUUCUUCGAUUUAUUUGUCACGUUCAAGAGCGUUACAGUGCCACUGGUUUUGUUUUUGGAUCAUGCUAAAACAAAAUAUAUAUAUAUAUGCAUCCAAGUCUUUGAGGUAGUCCUUAAUAGUUUGUGAUUUAAAUGAGCGUUUAGGUCCUGUUCACUGCCGCUUCACCGUUUUGAUUAAAUUCACAUCCUCCUGCCAAUAACUGAUAUUUGCCUUUGACGCUAGCAUGCUAUUAUUUUAGUGAGCACAAGUGCCAUCUGUUUGGCGGUGUCUGUUUUCUGUUUGGGUUUUUGGGAUUUGAAAAAUGCAGUCACCAAAAGGUGGGCCUACAGCGAGUAAAUGUUGAGACCCCACUUGACUGACCAAUGAUUUUAACUGGCCAGGGUGAAUGGUAAGAGACGGUCGGUCGGUCACCGUACAACACAGAGCUCAGCUAGGUGUUUACCAUAAACAACUGUGGUUUUGGUCAGAUCCCAAAGAAGACAUCGUUUAACAAGAAUGUGUGUUGUCUUUUUAUUUCAACCAAUGAAAUGUACCUGUAUUUUGUUGCAAUUUGGACCAGAGGUGCAAUGAUUUACUUUGCGAUUAAACAAUUCAUAGAGAGAAAACACAUCUUUUUUUUCUUUUUUUUUGAAAUAAUGCUAUGAAAUGUGUUACAAAUGGUAUCUUCUAUUACAUUUAUAUGUUAAUAAAAUAUAUGUGAGUAUUUGUUUGUGUCAUCAUAUGAACUUUUGGACCUGAUAUGAUCUGUGUUUGAAGCUCAUAAAGCCAUACUUUGCUUUCUUCAGGACAUUGUUUUGAAUCAUGAAUGGCUGUUCCUUGGGGUGCUAUUGAGUGGUUAAAAUCUUUAUCAGAUGUUGACUGUGUAAUAUGCAUCUAAUAGCCAACUGUAACCAGUAGAUCUUUAGAAACAAAUUUAGAUAUGUAUUUUGGGGUAAUUUCUCUUGUCGCAGUACAAUCCUAUGAUGGCCAUUGUAUGCAAAGGAUCAUGUGUCCAGUGUUAUUAACCACCAUGUACCCUGAAUUGCCAGCCUAUUUCACAUUGUCAGAGGCCUCCUUGUAACCUAACCUUCUUUCAACAUAUCAAUGAGUCAAAAAGUGCCUGCUAUAUGUAUUUUACAACUAAUUGUAUUUAACUGUUAACGUUUUCCCAUCUUCAAGUGCACUUAUCCAUUUGUUUAACUUAACAACACAUCAUAUAAAUCCACUCUUUUACAAACAUUUGUUUUCUCUUUUCUCUUAAUCAAAAUAGUUGGAUAGAAAACAACUGUUAAGUUGCCUAUGUGUUGAUUACAAACAUAUAGGGAAAGCCUAACUUGAGUGUUUUUUUCUUUUCAUUUUCUAAUUGUUUUGUUGACCUUUGAUUUUGAUACUAUAUACAUGUAUUAACAGUGCUAUGGGAUCACCAUCGCAAUAGUAUUGUAAAAGAGAUUUAUGGUCAAUAAAGCUGGUUUUCCCUGAGAAGUUA